GACUUUUAGUGCCGCGUUAGUCGGCGUACACUGCACCUGCCAUUGAUGCAAUAAAACGCCAUUAAGCCACCACUAACCUUGAAUUGUUCAAAGCAGAUAUGUUUUACCACGGGUUGGGAAUCUUUAGUUUGUUGAUUGUUUAGCCAGUGUCCACACAACUACGAGAUGCAGGUGAUUAGCUUCUCCUUGCAUUGCGUUGCUAGGACGAAUCUGGGCCACCGGCGUGGAUCUUCAAGUUGGCAGAGUUAUAAUAAUGCUCGAUUCAAUUAAAGCUUUAACGAAAAGCCAUGUGAGUAUGACAAAUUGUCGAAAAAAAUCAGAAUGAAUUCAGUGACUAGCAGUAAAACUCCGCCACCACGUUUGGUAGAAAUCAAAUCCCUAAGACCUCAGUCCAUUGAAACACCAUCAUCCAUCAAUCCUACACUGUUAUCGCGCCGCCGAACGAGUAGAUCUCAUAAUCAUGGCACAAUCGAUACCGUACCAGAAUUGAGAAGAUUUAACAGUUCAGGUACCAAGUCAAGUGUAAGAACGAGACCUCGUCAAACGACUAGUCAAAGCUAUGGAUCCUUGGAUACAACAUCACCUCGACGUGAAAGAGAAACCAUGAAAGAUUUAUCCGAAUUCCUCAUGUCUUAUGAUCCCCCGGGGCAUAAUCUAGUUGCUCUCCCACAAAACACUCCGAGAAAAAAGUUUGGCCUUCUCCGUAGGAAACAAAAGAAAGAAUUGCAGUCUAAUCAGUUCUUGAAACUCCCCGAUACGGCUAUUGCUGCCAAAACCCGUCAGGGCGUGCAGUAUAUCGCAAUUUCAAUACCGCUAGAACAUGAUUAUCUGGGGAAAUAUCCAACACCUCCCGAGACGACUUCAAAAUUAGCACGGGUUCCAACACCGGAUCGAAGCCCUGUUAUUAUCCCCAAGCCAGGCCACAAUGUUGGAAAUUCUAUCACACCUUCACCGGAACUUCCUGUGCUUAAUAGGACCACUCCAACAGCCAAUAGAAAUACUUGGGGACCAGGUACUUUAACGAAAGUAGUUACAAAACCAGGGUCAGAAGAGGUAAUGCUGCAAAAUGGAUACAUCCAUCGAACUAGUCAAGUGUAUGCCCCCACCGGAAGUAUUUAUUACGACGCUCCAGAAACCCGAACUCGACCGCAUUCAUCAAAAGCAAUUUCCUCGCCCGGUGGCUCAUUCACAAUAGCCCCAACAGAUAAUCCUCGAGCAAAUUCCCUCAAUUCUGCGUACCGUCCAGUAUUCUGGAGCAAUAGAUCCGACGGCCCCUUGCGAGUGAUAAACAGAACACCAUCUCCCGAUAUCAACCCGAGUUAUCGAUCUCACAAAGUAAUCAAAUCAAUAUCAACCAUUCAUAGCAUCGCAACUACAGGAACCAAUAUCAGACACUCGCUGAAGUCUACACCAGAUAGCCUUAAUACGAACUCCUCGGCGCAAGCAGUGCUUGGGACAGCUGAGACGGUUGAUUUACAGAGUUUCAGAGGGACCCCAAGGCCUUCGAUUGCUUCACCGGGAAGUGAGAAUAUUGUCCAGUUUCCUACAGCUAGUGCAGUGGAGACAGAAGAUCUAUCUAGGAACCAAGCGACUACUUUCGCCGAAGUUUCAUCACCAAUAAGUCCACGAUUUGGUAGUAAUGAGAAACAAAUAGAUCAGCCAACACAGCAGAGCCGUCGCGAGAAAGUACGAGCAAAGAAGGAAAAAGACUUGGCCUCUGUUCGCCCAAGAAACUCGAGUGUGAACCAAACAAAUAUAAAUACAAAUACGGACACAAAUAAAGCAUCUGCUCAACCUAUUCCAGGACCUUCUCUCACCAAAGUCGAACUUUUAUCUCCCCUAUCUCCAAAUUCAACCUUCGAACCACCAACCCGCUCCCUAAAACGCCUCACUCAAAACGCGAGUGAACUGUCUACAACUCGUAUCAUGCUCGUGGCUAACUUCCCGCCUUACGUUGAAGAGUUGAGACAGUCUGAUUUUGGAGCACGUCCCAUCUCGCCUGCUCUGACGAUGAAGUCGCCUUCGAGACUUCCAAGACCUACGUUUGACUCGACGAACUCUUUUCAUCGAGUUGACGGUGUGGAAUCGGCUUCUGCACAUCAGUCUACUCAGACUAUCUUAAGUCACACUACACCUUUGGCGUCAACGAUGCGGUUAGGGAAGGAAAGGGAUGGGAGACAGAGUAGUGAUGGGUUUGGCUAUGAACGCAUGGAUCUCUUUUCCGAUGAAGAUUCAAAUUGUUUGAAUGGAGAUGGACACGGGAAAAUUGAUAGCGAUAUGAGUAUGAACAUGGAUAGACGAAGCACGGGGGACAUCGGAACAAGUCUACGAUCGAGAAGCUUGAAGGAAAAAGAAUUAGAUGUGCGAAUGAGGAUUGUGGAGAGGCAUACGGAUGUGCUAUUACGGACGUUGGAAGGGAUUGCGAAGAGUUUUGAUGGGUUGGGAGCGGUGGGGAGAUUGAGGUGGGAGGAGGUUCGUGGGAGGGGUGGGGUGGGUGCGAGUAAUAUGGGGGUGGGGUCGAGGUCGAGUGUUAUUGGGAUGGCGGGGUGUGAUGGGGAGAGAGGCAUUAGGAUGGGAGGUGAGGUGAAGGGAACUAGGAGGAGAGCUAAUACGACGGGAAUGGGGAUGGCGGAUAGACGAGGGGAUAUGAAUAUAGAUUCAGUGAUGAGGGAGAUUCGGAUGGCGGCUCCGAGGGUUAGCGAGGAGAGCUCGAGGGACAAGUUGAGUGAGUGAGUGAUAGGGUUGGAGUAUUUCUUUGAGAGGAAAAUGGAAGGGGAAGAUGUUAUAGUAUUAAUCGAAUUACAUUACGCUUGAUAGAUAAUAGAGACAUUGCA